AUGCCUCUGGACAGAGUUCUGUUACACCCUUCCUUGAAGAAAUGUAAGAAACAGCUUGUUCUGAUCCCAAGUUCUUACUUCAUGGAUGUGAAAUGUCCAGGAUACUACGAGCUUACGACAGCUUUCAGCCAUGCUCAGACAGUAGUUCUUUGCGUAGGCUGUUCAACAGUGCUGUGCCUCCCCACAGGAAGAGGAGCCAGGCUCACAGAGGGCUGUUCAUUCAGAAAGCAACGCUAA